AUGCAAAACAUCAGAAAUAUAAUACGACCGCACAUAGAGCCUACAUUUUACAACCACAUAGUACCGAGAAGAUGGCUUCAUCAAGUAGCAUCUAUAGGUACAUCAGAUACAGUUCUGAAUGCAGAUCAAACGAGUAAUAUACCACGAUUUUCACUAAGCUACAAAUACAACAAGUUUGUCCAAUUCAGGCAGAAAGCAGACUCGAGAAUUAAUUUUCUUCGAAUGAUCAUCCCCGAAGAAUAUCAAGUGAGCAAUACGAUAUUAUUUAACUGUGUAUAUUUUGAUCCAUGCAACAUUAUCCAAACGCAGCACAAAGAUCAGUUCCACGACCCAGUUUUCCUCGAGCAGAGCAAGGUGCUGCUUUUGGGGAAGAUGGCGCUAAAUCAUGAGUUGGAAAAGUUUGUAUUGUGGUUGUUGGGGAGAAAAAACCAAGCCGAACUUGAGAAAAACGGUAAUUUCUCACUAGAUAUGCUAUCAGAGGUACCAAAGAUGGUUAAAACAAUCAACAAUACAGCAGUACGAAGGAAAUUUAUCUCGCAAUUCCUUAACGUGUAUGAGAAUAAGAAACUUUUGGAUGAGGAUACGGAAACAACAACCUCAAUCAAGAUUCCGGAAGAUAUUCGCCAUAAAGUGAUUCCUGCUUUACUAGGGUUUAUGAUUCUGCAGAUUGACUCGGAAAAGUUUAGCGAGUUUGUACUUGAGUUCUUGAUCAGGGGAAGGGAUUCAAAGAAGAAGAAAUACAAGCAUAAGGGCCUGUAUGAGCUCAGUAAAAGGUACCGCAGGCAUUCAUGA